AUGGCGAGGGGCUCGCUUUGCAAAGGGUGGACACUGCAGCUUCAGCAGCAGCAGCCCCGGGGCGUUGAUCCCGUUGCGGCUGCUGCAGCGACCCUUUUGUACAAAAACUGGUUUCCGAGGCGGCGAGGAGGGGGGGCCUCCGUAAACGGCCACGCAUCAUCGGCUAGCGGCGACCGAGAAUCUGCACGGCAGGACAGCGGCCGUCGCCGCCGCGCCCAUUCCACCCGGAAGGGCACGGGCCGGCCCGCUAAGCAGCAGAAGCAGCAGCGGCGGCACUGCACUGCUAGCCGCAUUCAAGGCCGCCGCGGCGGCGGCGAGAGGUUGUCCCCGACGCUGUCCCAGUCCCCCGAGCGUGCCACUGACGUCGUCGCCCCCGCUGAGCUCCGCGAGAGACAGGGUCAAGGUGCGGCCACGUCUUCGGCGGCAGGCAGCUCAAGGACCGUUGCCCACCGGCUGAUCCCGGCACAGUCGGCGAUGGAGCGGCUAGCGCUACUGUUCCUCCUCGUGGUCGCCGUGCAGGCGGCGGUGCGCGAGAGAGAGGAUCCCCCGUCGGCGGGCUGCCAGCUGGGCGCCAAGCUGUUCGGCCACGGGGCCCGCGUGCCGCGCUCGGACCCCUGCGAGCGCUGCCUCUGCUUCGCGGCGCAGGUGAUCUGCUGGCAGGAGCGAUGCCCCAACCAGACCAGGGCCGGGUGCCGCGAGCGACGGAUGCCCGGAGUCUGCUGCCCGGCACUGGAGUGCAGUGACGCGCCUGCGCCCGAGAAAGCAGGGCCGGCCGUUGCUGAAGCAGCAGCAGCAGCAGCGCCCGAUCCAAUCCAAGCCGAGCCGGUCGUCGUGGAAGCCACCCUUCACGAAGGGCAGCAACAUCCAGGACAGCAGGGUUGCGUCCUGGGCGGACAGCGGUUCGCGCUGGGCGACCUGGUGCCCCGGGCCUCGGGACCCUGCAUGCAGUGCCGCUGCGCCGACGGUCCCCGGCUGCUGUGUCGGGCCACGCCAUGCGGGGGGCCCGUCAUGCUGGGCUCUUCCUCGCCUCGCCGGCCACCACCACCGACGCAUACCGUGCGCCGGAUAACACCCACGCUGGUGCUACCCUGAUGGCACACAUCGGUACGUCGGUCGGCGUCCAGAGAGUCAUCCGGAGUUCUCUAGACACACCGGUUACCGCUCCUAAGUCCGAUCAUAAUCAAAGACCAUCCCUUGGAAACUAAAAGCGUCCAUGUUAUAAUCAAGAAACAGAAAGCGAAGCGCCGAGAGUCAUCAAGGGUUACCAUCAUGAUGUCAACGGCUGUUUGUCUUCCACAGGCGUCGCGGCAAUACGCUGACAUUGAAAUCUGGACCAGUACAGUACCGCUGGUCAUUGGAACUAGUAGAACUUGCAAGGGGUUUCGCAGGUGGUAUGAUAAGGGAAUAACUCUGACCGUUACGACCAUGCCUCUUCCGAGAACGCUCGCAGUUAAAUCUUCCGCGAUGUUCCAUAGGCGCGGAUUUUAGCAUGACGUACCUUGAUGCUUCAGUCCUUGCGUGAUCUGAAAUGUAAGUACUGAAAAUGCUUCUUGGUUGUACUGACUCGGAACCGUGCGCUACGGAAUAUUAAUGUGCUGGUUCUUGUCCCCACUACCACAUGUCUGCACCUUGAAGGCACGUAUUCUGUUACACGCGUAAAGAGAGAAGAAGAGCUCUGUUUCGUUUUAGUUUCAGUCUGCAUGCUUUGAAGAAUUCGUAAUUGCAAGAAAUAUACUCGGCCGUAUUUUGCGACCCAGGUUGCAGGUCGUGAUUUUCUUGUCCCCAAACUUGAUUUUCAUUCCCAGAAGAAUACCUGAGCAAGUAUCUGAGACGACUGUAGAAUCAGACUUUUCAAACUAAGCUUGUAUUGCGCAGAACAGGACAAGCCAGUUCAAAAGAAGCACGAGUGUCGAAUCAAGAUUUUAUAAACAGUCAAGAGAGUACGCUGACAUGUCGACGUGAUGUUGCAGAUUACGCUGGUAGUUGUGCUCAUGGACGUUUAGCUGACAGCAAACCUCGGAACCGCUCAGAUGUUCCGAGAUAGCCGGCGUUCCGGCGUGAAAAUGUCAAUUUAUUUGCGGAGCAGUCCUCCGCCUAGGUAUAAGACAGUAUGAAGCGUACACUUUCCGGUUAAAGAAAACUCAAAAAGACAGCACGUGAAAUGAUUAUCGGCAAACCAAAUAUCGCAUUCAUGCAUCAUAUGCAUUUCAAAUCAGCGGCUCGCUAGGGUCGUUCUCAUGAGCACGAGAUAUCAUCCCAACUUGUCAUGGCAGUGCGGUUCUUUCAUUUUGUGUCCAUUAGUUUAUUGCCGUUUCACUGAAACCACACUAGGCCACCUUUCACCUGAUCCCUAAGGCAUCCGCUUGCGAGCUUUGAUUGUUUCCACACCGUCCAGAGAGUUAGAGGUUGAUCGAUUGAAACGUGCCCCAAGGUCGGCCUUCCUCAGAGUUAUUAUUGCACUGGUCGUGAACUUAACCAGAGUAGAAUUUGGGGCACCAAUGGUGAUGAUGCCGCAACGGUCAGCUCACAUCAAUGUCAAACUACUCAACGUGAAUUCGCGGACAUGUAGCAGUGCUGGUAGCUGGCUGCAAAUGGCUCGCUGGCGACGACCGCGGCUGUCGCCGGUCCAGGACUGUAUUGGUACCGGCCGCAAUACCGAGACGUGGGACGUCGGAGUCGGGGGAGAGAAGGUGCUGUAUUUUUUUCUCCGUAGAUUUUGUGGCACG